GAAUCUACGUUUAACGUAUUUUAAAUUUGCUCUGCAGAUUUUAUCCUAUCCCGAGAUACGGUUACAUUUUCGCAGUCAUGGUUAUAUCUUCUUAAAUGCCUUAAUCAGAAAAAAAAGUAAGAGUGUCAUAAUUAUGAGUAUUGUUUUAAAAAUAUAAAUCUAAACUGUCAUUAAGCGUAUUAUGCGCUCUACUGAUAAUUUAAUAGUAAUAUAGACGUAGAAGUAAAAAAAAAAAGAUUUAACUGAUUUUUCAAACGCUAAAUAGUCGACGGCGAUUGUUUAAUACUAACUUUUAAUUUAAAAGAAAAAACAUGUCCCUUCGCUUCCCGGAGCGGAAGCUAUAGGGAGAUUGCUCGGAAAGCAACCUCCAGCUAAUGUUUCUAGGAAAGCUUUUUAAUGCUGAUUUCCAGCACACAACCGAACGAAGCUGUAGCCUUUCCGCGUCUUAUUUUAUUGUUUGGCUUAGCGUGUCUGGACUAUUGCAAAUGUCUGUUUUGGUUGCUAAUGACGAUGGUUGGCUGUUGGACGCCUGCUCUCUCAUAGACGAAGGUUUUAAGUGUUGCUUAGGUGUAAACAAUGGCCAUUUCAGAUGCCAUUUCAAGAAGCAAAACUUUGAUAUCUUGAAGCCUCAUAUAGUGCUUAAAUGCACGAGUGAUGCGAGUAGCAACGCUGUACAAAAUACAGAAACACACACCACUGAAGACGCUAGAGUCAACCCGAAGACACGAAAGAAAAGGAAGCGACAAAGCAGUGAUCUCAAUCAGGGGGAGUUAGAUGCAGCAGUCUACCAUGAAAAGGUCAGGUUGUUGGUCCUGGAGGGCAGUCAGUCUCUGCUGGAAGCUGGGCAUCACUGUGGUUAUUUUACAGACGCAAUACAUCCAGUGUCCACUAGCCAAACACCAGCUGUUGAGUGCCAACUAGCUGCCUUGUGUGACAUGGCCAAACAAUUCCUAACAGAAGAGGCUGCUGAUACACCCAAGCAGGUGGUCAAGGGGCAUGCAGACUUGGACGCACACCUAAAUCUGUUCUCAUGCCUCACUGGAAAUCCAGACGCCCAUGCUCGUGAGGUCACCCUAAUCGGGGAGAGGUAUUUCCUGCCUCCACGGAGUCGUUUCCUGUUGUCAGACAUCACGCGUUUGCAGCCUCUUGUCACCAGUGGAGACAAAUUUGACUUAAUUGUACUUGAUCCACCAUGGGAAAACAAGUCUGUGAAAAGAAGCAGGAGGUACCGUUUCCUGCCCUCCUCUCAGCUCAAACAACUUCCUGUCCCAGAGUUAAGCACAGCAGGAUGUGUGGUGGUUACCUGGGUAACUAACCGCCCCCGACACCUCCGCUUCGUCAAGGAGGAGCUCUUCCCCCACUGGGGCGUGAAGGUGGUGGCACAGUGGCUCUGGGUCAAGGUGACCCGGACCGGGGAGUUUGUAUUCCCUCUGGAUUCACCACACAAGAAGCCUUAUGAAGUGCUACUACUUGGCAGGUCCUGUGCUGGCAGAGAGAACACAACAAGGUGUGAGGCUGAGCUUCCGGACCGGCGGCUCAUAGUUAGCAUUCCCUCAUCGCUACACUCCCAUAAGCCAUCACUGUCAGCCGUCCUGAAGCCCUACAUUAGGCCUGAUGCCAAGUGCCUGGAGAUGUUUGCUCGAAUUCUGCAGCCUGAUUGGACAAGCUGGGGAAAUGAGGUCAUCAAAUUUCAGCACCACAGCUAUUACAUCAGUGAGAAUGCUGAGUGUGCAUGCGACACGCUUACCUCAGAGCACAGACAUGAGACACCGAGUGGACACAUGACGACCUCUGAACCCAAUUACAGCUAGUUGUUUUAAUUAUUCUACUUGGAAAAGGGAAAGUUUGUAUUAAACACAUUUUAUCCAACACUU